CGGGAGUAGGUGCGGUGAAGAGGUUGAGUCGCUAUUCGUCGUCGUUGAGGAAAUUUUUCGGAUAAAAACACUCGUAACGAGCGCUCGGCACUGGGGAGAUGAGACAGACGCAACCGAGACGGAUUUAUAACAGCUAAGUAUUCAAUUAGGUCGCGUUAGGACGACGAAUUUCACACAAUCGGAGUCAGAAAUUUUAUUUACAUAACCAGCUUUCUCGGCGGCCGGUCCUGCCACCGUGUCUUGUGUUCGUUAGCGGCACCAACUGCCUCAAAUUACAGGCUCAGUUAAAUACUCUGUUAUCCACUGAAACGUAAAUAAUGUGUUUAGAGUGCGGGCCCACCAAAGCGGUCUAGUACAUGUAUAUUUAUACACGUAUUUUUCACUAUUCAGAAAAACAAGUUAUACAACAAGCCACGCUCGUCAUCAGUCCGGGUCCUAAAGCCCGCCCGGUUAGCGGCUGUCACGUUGCCGGAGAGCGCGCGCCGUCUCGUGCCCAAAUGGUUCAGCAGCCAACGGUUUUUAAAUUCUUCGACAUUAUGGAAAAGGUUCUGUUAGAGCAAGGCUAAUUGCGAAGUUGGACGAAAUUACUGAAGACGACGGGUUGUAUGCUAAAUAGCGUACGAUCGCAUCGCGCAUUUGGAUUUCCAGCCUUCUUUAUUCUGCUGUUUUUGUUCAGUGGUAUAUUUUUUCUAACGCUGAGUGAGUCGGAUUCAGAGUGGAGUGAGCACAAGCGGACUUCUUAACAUUCAAAAAGGAACAAAAAGGACUCGUCCAGUUGAGUAAUGGUCAUUAAUACGAUCCACUGGUUCAGGAAGGGCUUGCGGCUCCACGACAACCCGUCGCUGAAGGAAUCUCUGCUGGGAGCGGAUACUGUCCGCUGCGUCUACAUCCUCGACCCCUGGUUCGCGGGAUCUUCCAACGUUGGGAUCAACAGGUGGAGGUUCUUACUGCAGAGUCUCGAGGACUUGGACUCCAGCCUCCGUAAGCUCAACUCUCGACUGUUUGUGAUACGAGGCCAACCCACUGAUGUCUUUCCCAGACUUUUCAAGGAAUGGAAUAUUUCUCGUUUGUCGUACGAGUACGACUCUGAGCCCUUUGGGAAAGAGCGAGAUGCAGCUAUUAAGAAACUGGCCUGUGAGGCUGGAGUGGAGGUGACAGUUCGCAUCUCCCACACACUCUAUGACCUGGACAAGAUCAUAGAGUUGAAUGGCGGUCAGUCCCCUCUCACCUACAAGCGGUUCCAGACCCUCAUCAGUCGUAUGGAUGCAGUGGAGGGGCCCGCGGAGUCCGUCACGGCGGAUGUCAUGGGGAAAUGCACUACGCCGCUGUCCGAAGACCAUGAUGACAAGUUUGGGGUCCCCUCCUUGGAGGAGCUGGGUUUUGAUACCGAGGGGCUGUCCUCAGCUGUGUGGCCGGGGGGAGAGACCGAAGCCCUCACACGACUUGAGAGGCAUUUGGAGAGGAAGGCGUGGGUGGCCAACUUUGAGCGUCCCAGAAUGAACGCCAGCUCGCUGCUCGCCAGCCCGACAGGCCUCAGCCCGUACCUGCGCUUCGGCUGCCUCUCCUGUCGCCUCUUCUACUUCAAACUCACCGACCUCUACAGGAAGGUGAAGAAGAACAGCUCCCCUCCUCUGUCGCUCUACGGUCAGCUGCUGUGGCGCGAGUUCUUCUACACGGCAGCCACCAACAACCCCUGCUUCGACAAGAUGGAGAGCAACCCCAUCUGCGUUCAGAUCCCCUGGGACCGCAACCCUGAGGCGCUGGCCAAGUGGGCGGAGGGCCGAACCGGCUUCCCCUGGAUCGACGCCAUCAUGACCCAGCUGAGGCAGGAGGGCUGGAUCCACCACCUGGCGAGGCACGCCGUAGCCUGCUUCCUGACCCGAGGAGACCUGUGGAUCGGCUGGGAGGAGGGCAUGAAGGUGUUUGAGGAGCUGCUGCUGGAUGCAGACUGGAGUGUGAACGCAGGCAGCUGGAUGUGGCUCUCCUGCAGCUCUUUCUUCCAGCAGUUCUUCCACUGCUACUGCCCGGUGGGCUUCGGCCGACGCACAGACCCCAAUGGAGAUUACAUCCGGCGCUACCUGCCCAUUCUGAGAGGGUUUCCAGCCAAGUAUAUUUAUGAUCCCUGGAACGCUCCAGAGAACGUGCAGAAGGCAGCCAAAUGUAUUAUUGGAGUGCAUUACCCCAAACCCAUGGUGCACCAUGCAGAGGCCAGCCGCCUCAACAUUGAGCGAAUGAAACAGAUCUACCAGCAGCUCUCCUGUUACAGAGGCCUCGGUCUUCUGGCUACAGUUCCGUCCACCUCUAACGGUAACAGAAACGGUAACAGCGAGACGGGAUUCCCUGUGGAAGCUUCACAGGAUGCUGCAGCUCCAUCUGGCUAUCAGAUGCCAGUUCACUCCCAGGAAGACUGGCAAAGCGGAGUCAUGAUGUACAUGCAGGGUGAUCCACAAACCAGCAUCAGCACACACCAGCAGGGUUACGCAGGCACCAGUAACAGUGUGAUGUGUUACACCCAAGGCACACAGCAGAUUCCCGGUCCUGCACUCCAGAAAGGACCUGAACACCACAGCACCACUCAGACCAGCAGCAAACGGCACAGCGAGGACUCUGGGAAUGGCAAAUGCUCUAAGGUCCAGAGAGUCCAGAGCAGCCACUAGAAAGGAGUGUGUGCAGACUUGCCGUCAGUCAUAUUGUGUACAACACUAAAUGGACGCAGAGACUGACUUUAGUUACAGCACUACACUGUUGCAUGAACACACCUUCAGGAGGAGCAAACAAACCCACAAUUCAACACAUUCAAACGUUUCUCACGCAAUGGGACUGUAUAUUAUCAUGUGGACUGCACAGCCCGGCCAGUGCUGACGUCACUGGAGUGGCUGUUACACUGUGCUUAUGUCUGAGUUAAUAUUACCGGGACGAAAGUCCUUGUGUAUAUAAUGAAUUUGCUAAUUUCAGCUCACAUACAACUUGUACAUAUUUGGAUAUUGUAUGUGUGUUUUCUCUCUUUGUGUAGCCAUAGACCCAUUGAUAUAUUUUUGAUAUGAGAAAUCAUUGUGGAUGGAUCUUUCUUUUUGGAAACUUUUCAAUAAAAAUGAAAACAUUUAUAGACCGUCCAUUCAAAAAAAAAAAAAAGGUGAGAGAUCUUGUAUCUGUUCUAAUACCGCUGCCUGUGCUCUCAUUUAUUCUACUUCACAAUUUUCUCCCUUUUGAGCCAUCCAAUGUAUUUAUCAACAGAAGUGUUUUCAUCAUUUCCUUUCUCUAUCUCAGUACUAGUUGACUCGUUGUAUUCUGCACCACCGUAGAGGCAAUAUCAUAUGACGUUAUCUGUCAAGUUAUUGCAAAAAGGCAACAGGAAUACAGAUUCUUCAUAUCAUGCCGUCCCCCUGUAUAAUCCCCUAAUAAAUGUACCACUGGAGAGAACUGCUUCACUUGGUUCUUGUUUCUUCUUAAUGUGCUUGUUUAAUUAAAACUGGGUUAAAUAUGCAA